AUGAAGUUUGGCCGGAAUCUCCCACGAAACCAGGUUCCCGAGUGGGCAUCGGCCUAUAUCAACUACAAAGCCCUGAAAAAGCUCAUCAAGGCCGCCGCCGAAGGCCAGAAGCAGGGUGGAAGCCUCGAUCUUGCCGGUUUCUUUUACACGCUGGACCGCAAUCUCGAAGAUGUGGGCCAUUUCUACAACAAAAAGUUCCAGGACUUUUCCCGCCGGCUGAAACUCCUCGAAGACCGCUACGGCGUCUCUCCGCAAGCCGCCGCCCAGCUCGACCCGGACGAACGCGAAGAUCUGUUGGCCGCGCUGCUGGAGCUGCGUGGGCACUUGCGGAAUUUACAAUGGUACGGUGAGGUGAAUCGCAGGGGCUUCAUCAAGAUUACCAAGAAGCUGGACAAGAGAAUACCCGCCGCCCAGGCUCAGAAAAAGUACUUGGAGCUCAAGGUCGACCCGUCGCCAUUCGCGACGAAUGCACAGCUCUCGGCUUCCUUGAACAAGGUCAAUGACUGGAUCUCGGUCCUUGGAGAAUUUGCCACGUCCACAAACAACGACGAUGUGGCUUCCAUUUCCUCCAAGUCCUUGAAGCGCACGACAUCGCGGCCGUCCGUGGACAUCUCUACGGAGCACUUGGCAAAGAUUGAAGCGACAAUCCGUCAGGACGACGCAGGUGAGCUGGAUCGGUUGAUUCAGGGCUUUGUACAAUCAGCCCCUGAUCACUCAGAGCAUGCUGUUCAACAAUUGUUGAAGACUCUUCUUCAAAGGGCAAUUUCGAGUCGAAGCCGUGCCUGUACCGCACGCCUCUUGCACGAGAUUGUCUUCUUGGAUGACCAGGACGACAUCAAUCGACGCAAUUGCAUCCACCGACUGGUCGUGUCUAUCGGCCGAAAACAAGCCAACGCCGACCAGGAACCGACGACAGAAUCGUAUCCAGAUCUCUUUUCAGAGCAUCACAACUUCAUCACCCCUGCUGCUCCGCCUUCGGUGCCGUUCAAGCGGUCUGUUGUACACGAAGAUCAGCGGGCUCGGAUCCUCACGCGGGAAGAUGACUCCAUCUCAUUCCUUGCAUUUCUUCUCGACAACAUGCAGCCUGCCCAGCGGACAGCACUGCUGGCAAGAGACAGCGCUGGACGCACUCCCUUGCAUUUCGCCGCCGAAUAUGGCAUUCGUGUGAUGUGUGAAAUCAUCAUCGAACAUCUUAAGGAGUGGAAACUGUUUGACGUUACAGAAGGCAUUGAUGGACCGCAUUGGCAAGACAAUGAGGGCUGGGCUCCAUUGCAUCUAAGUGUCACUGGCGGUCAUCCUUUGACGACAGAGGCGUUACUGGACGCUGAGCAGAGUGCGACCCCUACCCCGUCGAAGUCGACGAUUCGAAGAGCGUCGUCUAGGUCAUCGGCCGUACUGGCGUUGGCCACGAAAGCCAACUUUGUCGACAUUGUUCGUCUCCUUGUGAAGGCCAACGUCGACAUCAACUACCAAGAUGAGCAGGGCGACACGGCACUUCAUGUGGCUGCUAGAUUCGGCCACGUCGAAUGUGCCAAGGUGCUCCUGGAGGGCUCAGACAUCCAGAAGGCGGACACGGAACUUUGUGAAAAGACAUAUGGUUGGACACCUUUGUUCAUCGCUUGUGUCGAUGGGCAUCUCUCUAUCGUCGAGCUCCUCAUUGAAAGCGGAGCGGACCUCGAAAGGGUUGAUACGUCAGGCUGGAACGCUAAGGAGCAUGCUGCAUUGAGAGGGCAUAUUGAUAUUGCUCUGAAGCUGGCCAGUGUCAUGCCCGAACCGGAUGCCGAUGGGGAUUCUUCUUCGAAUGCCUCGACGUCUCCUCCCACCACGUCAUCUCUGACCGAGAGAAAUUCCAAUUACAUCGGGGGUCAGGGGCCGACCACGGUGAAGAUCAGCGAGCCCGUCAAGACUUUUGGACAUCGUUACCUGACCGACAAGAGUAUGAUCCUGGUCAGCCUUGGCACCAUGGAUACUCGUAAGAACAUUGGAGCAGUCAACCUCGAUCGAAUCCCCCUCUCCAAUGCUCACUCGACGCAGCUUGAUACUGCUCUGUCUAUUGUGGUAUCUGCCAAGGGCGCCGAGGGGGAAGCGGAAGUGAUUGAUCUUCCGGUGCAGGAUAACAUCUCAACCGAACCCAUAGUCUUCCAUGCACCGGAUCCGUCCAAAGUCAAGCUGCUCUUUGAUCUGAUUCCAACAUAUGCCGGAUCCAAGGAGCGCAUCGUCGGACGGGGUGUGGCAUUGCUAUCGAGCGUCAAGCCCAGCUUAGGGUCGAGGAGAAUGCCUUUACAAGGCGAUGUGACCGUGCCGAUUGUUGCGGCCAAUGACCUCGAAGUCAUUGGUUCGGUAACGUUCAAUUUCUUGGUCAUCACCCCUUUCAAGCAUCCGAACAUGUCUAUCACGGAGAACCAAACAUACUGGAAGAGCAUGGCGUCCACCAUGGUCAUCGGUCAUCGUGGGUUAGGCAAGAAUUUUGCAGCCGGUAGACGAUCGCUGCAACUCGGCGAGAACACGAUUCAGUCCUUUAUUGCGGCGGCCAACCUCGGUGCAUCGUACGUGGAAUUCGAUGUCCAAUUGACGAAAGACCACGUCCCUGUCAUCUAUCAUGACUUCUUGGUCAGCGAGACGGGGAUCGACGCUCCGGUGCACACUCUCACUCUGGAACAAUUCCUUCAUGUCAGCGACAUCCGUACUCCCCGCCAAUCAAGGCCCGCCUCACCAGUUCCUUUCGAAAGCCCCAAGAUUGCCAGUCUCAAGAACGGCGAGUCCAGAGCGGGGAGACUACGGUCCAUGUCUGUCGGUGGAGGUGACCCGGAGACAGUCGACAUGGAAGAGCGCAUGAAACAUACCCGGGACUUCAAGAAAAAAGGCUUCAAGGGCAACACGCGCGGCAACCACAUUCAAGCUCCCUUUGCUACUCUGGAAGAAAUGUUCCACAAACUCCCCACUAACGUUGGCUUCAACAUUGAGAUGAAGUAUCCCAUGUUGUCGGAGAGCGAGGAUGAGGAAAUGGACACCUACGCCGUCGAGCUCAACUCAUUUGUCGACACGGUGCUCGCGAAAGUGUAUGACCUGGGUAAAGGGAGAAACAUCAUCUUUUCGUCCUUCAACCCGGAUAUCUGUCUGUUGCUUUCAUUCAAACAACCCAGCAUUCCGGUCCUGUUUCUGACCGAUUCCGGCACCGCACCGGUGGGAGACAUCCGCGCUACCAGUCUCCAAGAGGCCAUCCGGUUCGCCAGUCGCUGGAAUCUGAUUGGCGUGGUUAGUGCCGCGGAACCGUUCGUUGCCGCACCUCGACUGGUCCGCGUCGUCAAGGAGAGUGGACUGGUCUGCGUCAGUUAUGGCACGCUGAACAACGAUCCGGAAAAGGUCAAGUUACAGGUCAAACAGGGCAUCGAUGCGGUCAUUGUCGAUAAUGUCCUUGCGAUACGGCGAGGAUUGACUGGAGACAGCAAGUCAAACAGGAAGGAUGCAAAGGUCGCCACGGCGAUCAACGGACAUGCCGAAUCAGAGGCGGAUGGCAAAGAUGCCGCCGCUGCCGCCGCCGCUACAGCUGCCAAUGGUAGUCUGGGCAAAGCGUUGUCUGGGAGUACCGAUAGUCUGGAGAUUCCGGGGAUCACUACCAAGGGCAUGUCCACACCUGCAGUCAACGUACCCCGGGUCAGGAUCGUCCAUGGCGAGAGCCGGCACAAUGGUGCAGUGAAGUUCGUCGAUGAACUUGACGAUGCUGAUGCUGACGUCGCAGUGUCUCCCUUGACGGAAGAACCGGAAGAGGAAGCCACCGGUGCGCAGAGAGCCGGAGCUUGA